GCCUCUUCCGGAGAAACCCUGCAACCCUUCCUUCACCAUCGAGACUCAAGAGCCUCCUCCAUCUCUACGCUCAACUCACCAACUCACCUCCGCCGCCCCACCCCGCCGACCGCGAGCGUUCGAAUCAGCAAUCAUGGCUGCCGUGCGAUCGAUAUACUCCAAAGCUGGGCUUUUCUCCGGCAAAGGCAGAGUCGGCGUCGUACAGGAUGUGCUGAAGCCGUUGUUCGGAUCCUCACGGCCAAUGGCCACGGAGGCCGCCUUCAACCACGUCCGAAUCAUCCCCGCCGAGCCUCCGGCGCCUGUUCCCUUCGCGAUCCGAAAAGCACCCACGGUCCUCGCGACACUACACGAGUUCCCGUCGAUGGAGCCCGCGCGCUUCGAGCAAUUCCCGAGCACCUUCCUCCACGCCCCGUUGCGCCGCGACAUCCUUCACAAAGCGAUCGUCUACGAGGGAGACGCCCACCGUUGGGGCCGCGCAAAGGUCAAGACCCGUGGCGAUGUCCACGGUAGUAGCCGCAAGAUCCGGCCGCAGAAGGGAACAGGUAAGGCGCGUCUCGGUGAUAAGAAGUCGCCCAUGCUGCGUGGUGGAGGUGUGGCCCACGGCCCGCAUCCUAGGGACUUUUCCAGUGACCUGCCGAGGAAGAUUUACGAUCUGGCUUGGAGGACGGCGUUGAGCUACCGGUAUCGCCGUGGAGAGUUGUUUGUGGUCGGCAAUGAGUUGGAGAUAGGACUGCCGGAUGCGGGGCUUGCUGCGGCCAUCUUCAAAGUCCAUGACUGGGGACAUGAUGCUUCGCGCUCGCUCUUGAUUACUGCUGAGCUUAGGCCGAAUAUGGAGGAUGCUAUGAAGGUUUUGGGUGCGGAGGGGAGGGUUCUGACGGCGGAUCAGGUCGAUGUGAAGGAUCUCCUGGAGACUGGAAGGGUCAUCAUCGAACGGGAGGCAUUGGCAUGGUUUGAGCAAGAGCACGGCAUCGAUGCUGCAUAAGAUGGAUAACCAAACAGGAGAAUAGACCAAAAUGUAUAUUUAUGUACGAUAUAGAAAUAGCAUGAAUAUCGGCCGUGAC